GCCGAAUCGACAAGGCGACAGAGAAACCAAGGGGAUGAGCCACGACGACCUGCACCACGAGGACUACCAGCUGAAGGACACGAACCCGCUGCUCGGCGAGCGAUGGCCCACGGCGGGAGGCGGAACCCGACAGGGCCUGGGAGGCGGUGGUUUCAGCGGGUGGCUGAGCAGCGACAAGCUGACGAGUACGUACGACCUCGUGGAGCAGAUGCACUACCUCUACGUCCGCGUCGUGAAGGCGCGGGACCUCCCUCCCAAUCCGCUCACGGGAAGCUGCGACCCUUACGUUGAAGUCAAGCUCGGCAACUACAAGGGCACCACAAGGCACUUCGACAAGCGGACUAAUCCUGAAUGGAACCAGGUUUUCGCGUUCUCCAAGGACCGGAUCCAAUCGUCGACGCUCGAGGUUUACGUGAAGGAUAAGGAGAUGGUGGGGAGAGAUGACUACAUGGGCAAGGUGGUGUUUGAUUUGAAUGAGGUGCCGACACGGGUCCCGCCUGACAGCCCAUUGGCCCCGCAGUGGUACCGGCUGGAGGACAGGCGGGGUGAGGGGAAGGUGCGGGGGGAGGUCAUGCUGGCAGUCUGGAUCGGGACGCAGGCCGACGAGGCUUUUCCUGAGGCCUGGCACGCAGAUGCAGCCUCUGUCCACCCGGAAGGGGUGGCCAAUAUCCGCUCCAAGGUAUAUGUCUCCCCUAAGCUUUGGUACCUCCGAGUUAACGUCAUUGAGGCCCAGGACGUGCAGCCUAACGUCCGGGGCCGGACACCAGAAGUUUUCGUGAAGGCGCAAGUCGGAAACCAAGUGCUCAAGACGAAGAGCUGUGUGGCGGCCACCCUCAACCCACUGUGGAACGAGGAUCUUAUCUUUGUUGUGGCCGAGCCAUUUGAGGAGCAACUUAUUAUUAGCGUCGAGGAUAGGGUGAGCCCGAGGAAGGAUGAUCUGCUUGGCCGGGUAGCAUUGCCAUUAACCUUGUUCGAGAAGCGGCUUGACCACCGGCCGUUCGUCCACUCUCGCUGGUUUGACUUGGAGAAAUUCGGGAUCGGCGUGCUCGAAGGCGAGACACGAAGGGAGCUCCGGUUCGCAACCCGGGUCCACCUCCGUGUCUGCUUAGAAGGGGCCUACCACGUGAUGGACGAGUCAACAAUGUACAUCAGCGACCAGCGGCCCACGGCCCGCCAGCUAUGGAAGCCGCCGGUUGGAGUGCUGGAGGUGGGCAUUUUGGGCGCGAAGGGGCUGCUGCCGAUGAAGAUGCGGGAUGGAAGGGGGACCACCGAUGCCUAUUGCGUUGCAAAGUAUGGGCAGAAGUGGAUCCGGACCCGGACGAUGGUCGGGUCCUUUAGCCCUAGCUGGAACGAGCAGUACACAUGGGAGGUGUUCGACCCGUGUACGGUGAUCACCAUCGGGGUCUUCGACAACUGUCACCUGGGCAACGGGGGCGGCGGAGCUGUGAAAGAUUCGAGAAUUGGGAAAGUCAGAAUCCGGCUCUCAACCCUAGAGACCGAUAGAAUCUACACACAGUCGUACCCUCUCAUCGUGCUCCAGCCUUCGGGAGUAAAGAAGAUGGGUGAGCUCCAGCUUGCGGUGCGGUUCACGUGCCUCUCUUUCACUAACAUGAUCUACCUCUACGGCCAGCCGCUCCUACCCAAGAUGCACUACCUCCAUCCCUUUACUGUAAACCAGCUCGACAACCUCCGCUAUCAAGCCAUGAGCAUUGUUGCGGCCCGGCUUGGCAGGGCCGAGCCACCAUUGAGAAAGGAGGUCGUUGAAUACAUGCUCGAUGUGGAGUCACACAUGUGGAGCAUGCGAAGGAGCAAGGCCAACUUCUUCCGGAUCAUGUCACUGCUCUCCGGAACAAUCGGCACGUUCAAGUGGUUCAGCGACGUUCAAAGAUGGAAAAACCCGAUAACGACCGUGUUGGUCCACGUGCUGCUUUUGAUCCUCGUCUGCUAUCCGGAGCUGAUAUUGCCCACCAUAUGCCUGUAUAUGUUCUUGAUAGGGUUGUGGAAUUACAGAUUUAGACCAAGGCAGCCGCCGCAUAUGGAUACAAAACUCUCGUGGGCGGAGGCAGUGCACCCGGAUGAGCUGGACGAAGAGUUUGAUACUUUUCCUACUUCGAGGCCGCAGGAUGUAGUUUUUAUGAGGUAUGACAGGCUGCGGAGUGUGGCAGGGAGGAUACAGACAGUGGUGGGUGACAUAGCGACGCAGGGGGAGAGGGUGCAGUCGCUGCUGAGCUGGCGGGACCCGAGGGCAACAUGUCUGUUCGUAUUUUUCUGUCUCUGCGCGGCGGUGGUGCUCUACGUGACUCCCUUCAAAGUGGUGGCUCUGGUGGCAGGACUCUACAUGCUCCGCCACCCUCGGUUCCGGAGUAAGCUGCCAUCGGUGCCGAGUAACUUCUUCCGACGUCUGCCGUCGCGGGCCGACAGCAUGUUGUGAUUUGGUUUGUGGGAUUUCUUUCUUGUUGUUGU